AUGCAACGGUAAUCGCAGUCGCCGCAUUGGGCAGCAUCACCAUCAGUAUCCAUGCAAUCUUGACUAGACGUCUGAGGUUUGGAUUGAAAUCCAUCUCUGAGAUGUUUGAAGCCGCUCGAUUGCUCGAUCGCAUUUCGGCACCUGCGAAUCAAGGACCCAAUGCCUUUCCGGUGGACGACACUUUGCACUUUGACCAUGGGGUGCGUGCUCGAGUGACUAAACAUGUCGCUUUGUACCUCCAUACUGAGGCAGCUAUAGCAUAGAUCAACUUGAUUACGGAAGUUUUCCAUAAUGCAUUCGAGGCAUAUGAUUCUGGGACCACUUAUCUGAACGUUGCGGCAAUAGUCACAACAAGCGUUAGAAUGUAUGACCGAGUUGCGCACAGUAACUUUCGCCAUUGAGCGAUAGAAGCGAACGUCUUGAGGAAGCAGAUUCUUCUCCAUGUUCUCUAGCUCCUGUGCUUCAUCCU